AUGUCUGUCACAUCGACUGCGGACCUGCCCCCUCCUCCAUCGGCCGACAAGAUCAAUCUUGCCAUAGCUGACCUUGUUCUUUACAUACUCCUGCUUUUCCCGGUUAUCCGGAUCACUUGGAGACAUGGAAAGGCCGGCAUGGUCUGUUGGCCCAUCUUUAUUUCAUUCUUUCCUCUUCGAUUCGUCUCGGAUGCCUAUCAAAUCGCCAAACGCAACGAGCCUUCAAUUCCCAAUGCGGUUGCCAUCAUGACUAAUGCUGGGAGCAUUGCUUGUUUAUCCUUGACCAUAAUUGGAUUGAUCUAUGAAGUAAACGUGAUCCUUCCGCUACCUCCGAAACGCUGGACCGAAAGAAUAAUGCUAGCCGUCACUCACCUCGCCAUCACGGCGGGAAUCGCACUAGCUACAUACGGAGGAGCCCCUAAGGCUGGAGCCAAAGGGGGAGUUGUGGCCGAGAACUUGAACCAGACUGGCAACUGCUUGAUGAUGUUCACCAUGAUAUUCGGCCUCGGUUGGUGGUUGUGGGAGACUAAGAAGCGUGUCAUGUCUCUCAAGUCCCAUCCCAACUUUGAACCUGGAAAGUACUUGCUGCUGGCAGCAUGUGCAGCACUCCCCUUUCAACUGAUUCGGAUUGGCUAUAACCUCACUAUGGCCUUUACUCCGUAUGCUGUCAUAGAUCCGUUCUCUGGAUCUUUUGCUUCGAGGUUUCUGUUGAUGUUUGGGACGCAACUUUGUGUAGCUAUUGCUGUUACUGUGGGUGGAUGGAUGAGUGUUGGGCUUGUGCCGGCACAUGCCCUGGGGCAGGAGAACCAGGGGUUUUCACGAUUUACAACUCCACGGGCUUGGGUUUGA